UGAAGCGAGUCGCAUCGCAGCAGGAAAAAUAACCGAAAGAUCAGAAAGACAGCACGACAAGAACACUUUUUCGUGAACAUAGUGUCAUCAGUGCUGUGAAAAGUUUUCCAAAUUUCACUAAAAAUCUUAAUUUUCAACAAACAACAAAAAAAAUCGUAAUCAAGACUUGAAAUAUUGUGCACUACUUAUUAUGACUGAAACAGUUUGUUUUAUAUUUUGGUGAAUAAAAUGUGUAUGUGAAUUGUACAAGACUCAAAUAUUAAAAUAAAAAAAAAACUGAAAAAGUGUUAAUAUUAAUUUCUCAAAUUGGAUAAAUUAGUGAAAGAGAAUAUUCAGUCGAAUUAAACGAACUUCAAUCGGUGAACAGAGACAUUUGAACAAAAAAGAGAACAAUUUCAAAUCAGUGUUUAAAAAAACAAACAAAAUAAAAAUGAUGAUGAAUGCUUUUAUGGAGCCGACGGCUCCUCCACAUCAUGCUCAAUUGGCAAGUUAUGGCUUAAAAAUGUCACCGCCACCGUUACACGAUAAUGUUGGCAGUGGUAUGCUACCAUCAAGUAUGAUGAAUGCAAGUGCUAGUGAUCAUAGUGCCGUCGGUAUUUCAAACAACACAAAUUACCAAUCAUCUAGUUAUGGUCCGUGUGCAGCUGCAACAGCUCCAUAUCCAACGUACGGUCGCGAUUAUUUAUUGAAACGUGAACAAGACUAUUUUUCGAUGACCGGACAAACGGCAAGUGCGGCAGCCACUCCUGAUCCAGUAUUGUUCCCAGGAAUGCAUCAUGCAAUGCACGAAAAUCAAUUCAGUUCGUAUCAUCAGCAUCAAAUGCGAAUGGGCAUUGGAAGUGGCCCAGUUGGUUCGUCGAUCACAGGACAAAUUCCACCAACUCCAGUAUCACAUCAAUCAGCAACGUCAUCGAUUACACCAUCGGCUGGUUCCGCUCCACCAGAAUACAGUCCAUACCAUUCACAUCAGCAUAAUUUUGCAUCUGUUAUGCAUGCACACAAUGUUGCAAACUUUCCAAUGAAUGCUGGAACUGGCACCGGAGCCUUCUAUCGAUACUUGCGUCAACCACAACAAGCCGAGAAAAAACCAAUGCAAUGCGAAUGGGUCGAACCUGAAUCGUCGACAAUUUCUCAUCAUCAUCCACAUCAUCCACAUUUUCACAGUUUGGGAAACACCAACAACAACAAUAACAAUGGAUCGGGAGCAGGACGCAAAUGUGGAAAAAUUUUCCACACAAUGCAUGAUAUUGUUACUCAUUUGACGGUGGAACAUGUUGGCGGUCCGGAAUGCACAACACACGCUUGCUUCUGGGCUGGAUGUGCGCGAAAUGGAAGACCAUUCAAAGCCAAAUAUAAGUUGGUCAAUCACAUUCGUGUUCACACCGGUGAAAAACCCUUCCUAUGUACUUGGGAAGGUUGUGGCAAAAUCUUUGCCCGAUCUGAAAAUCUCAAAAUUCACAAACGUACACAUACUGGCGAAAAACCUUUUAAAUGCGAGCAUGAUGGGUGCGAUCGACGCUUUGCCAAUUCAUCAGAUCGCAAGAAACAUUCACAUGUACACACGUCAGACAAGCCAUACAAUUGUCGUGUUGUUGGCUGUGAUAAAUCUUACACUCACCCAUCAUCAUUAAGAAAGCACAUGAAGGUUCACGGAAGUCUUGGCGAAAAAUCACCGUCACACAAUACGUUUGAAAGUGACAAUGAAGAUGACUCCAGCUCGUCUUCGAUCAUAACUGGGGGUGCACAAACCCCACCAUCUGCAAACCGAUUGGGUCAUAAUACAGAUGCUAACUCAUUAAAAUCGCACACUCCUCUGUCCAUUAAAUCGGAACACAGUUCGAUUCACACAAGAUCUCCAUCAUCGGGCACAUUGGCUCCGUCUAACAACAAUAAUAUUAGCAGUAAUAACAAUAAUUUGAGUGGAAGCACGUCGCUUGCAUGCAUGCCAUCAGCAUCACCUUAUGGUGUAAAUUCAAAUUUUGCACCGCCACCAUUGACAACUAGCCACCACUUCAAUCAUCCAAAUCCAUUACUAUACCAUCAACACCACUCACAUCAUCAUCAUCAUCCAAGCAAUGACUGGUAUCAUUCAGCAGCCGUUGCAGCUGCUGCCCCACCAACCGACAUUAAUCAUUUGAAUCCAUUUUCACAUCAACAUUUGAUACCACAUCAUGCGACUGCUUAUUAAAUGUUUAACACCUUCGUAAAAUUUACAAAAAAAAUGAGAAGAAAAAAAAAAUUAGCCGAUAUAAAUACACAAAACGUAAAUUUCAUGAAUUUUGUAUCGAUGAAAUGGCUCAUUGAUACAGUACCGCUCUGUGCCUGCUAAAAACAUCACAUUUCCAUUGGCAAAAUUCAAAUAUUUUUCGCCAAUUCGUUGAUGAAGUGGCUCAAGAGAAAUGAAAAUAGGAGUUUUUUUUUCUUCGAAAAAAACACUUUUUCGCGCGAAUGUUUUAGCACUCUUUGUUGGAUAUGUAUUGGCGUUAAUGUAUAUAUUGCUUUCAACUGAAUCGUAUUUAAUAAAUAAAAUAAAAUUUGCUUAUUAUUAUUGGAGUAAAACACAAGAACACACUCAUUUCAAUGGUAUGCACGGAGGAAAAAGUGAAUAUAUUUUAAUUUUCAAUAGCUCUAGAAGACAAUUUAUUAUUUUUUUUAAAUUUUUUUUUCCAAUUUCAAUUGCUUUACUUUACAUUAUCAUUAUUAAUUUUAUUUUAUUGUAUGUCACUUAUUCAUAUGCAAAUGUAUAGUGUACGAAUUAUAGCCAAAAACAAAUAUAUUAUAUUAGCAUGUGGCUAAUGCAAGAUUUUUCUGCUAUUUAUGUAUAUAUUUGUAGUUGCAAAACAAAUGUCUGCGAACAUUUAUUGAGAUUGAUUAAAUGUAUUAGAAAUAUAAAUUAUGCGAAUGAAAAUAAAAUCCCAUACUAUACGAUACUGUAGCUAGUAAGUAUAUGAAAAGUACUUU